GUCAGCUGUUUUGUAGGUCUUGCCACGUAAAUCCGUCAAGAAGGUAACAAGAGCUUUUCCUCUUUACUGGCUGGAUGGUUGUAAGGUGCAAUGGCAGUAAAAGUACAGGCAGUCAUAGCAGCCUGGAAGAGCUUCGAGUUGCACAAUGUACAAAGGGAACUGGACGAGACAGCCUCAGAGCUUGCUACUCGUCAAGAUGAGUCAGAGCACUCCAGGAAGAAGCUGGUGGAACUCUCCAGAGAGUUCAAGAAGAACUCCCCAGAAGAUGUACGAAAGCACGUGGCCCCAUUGCUGAAGAGCUUUCAAAGUGAAAUUGAUAACCUCAAUAAAAGGAGCAAGUUUGUGGAGACUGCAUUUUUGAAUGUGUAUAAGAAGGUGAUUGAUAUUAGCGAUCCACUCCCCACCCUUGAGUACUGCGUUGGCCUUGAGAAAAAGAUAGGCCGUCUUGCUGACCUUGAAAUUGAAAACAAGAAUCUGAGAGAAACACUGCGUGAAUAUAAUGAAGAGUUUAAAGAAGUGAGAAACCAAGAUGUUACCAUCAAAGCACUCAAGGAGAAGAUAAAGAAUUAUGAAGAUCUUAUGGAUAACAAUGUGCAGACUAAGAUUAAGGAGAUGGAAAGAGAGCUUUCCCGUCAGUAUGCUGAGAAGGAGAGACUGCUAGAGGAGACACAAGAAUCUGUAAUGAGGAGGUUGCAGGAUGCUGAAUCAAGAGCCCAGACUCUCCAGUCCACCCUGGACCAGACCCAGUCAGAACUGUUUGAGCUGAAGAGCAAGUCUGAAGAGUCAAAUUUUGCCAGGUCAGAUGAAAUUAACAUCCUGCUGAAUGAUCUUGAGCGGGCAAAUCAGAGAGCCACCAUAGCCGAGAGAGAAUCUACACAGCUCAAGGAACAGCUUCAGAGUUUAACUGCUGCUCAUAAUUCACUGACAGAAAACAUGUCUGUCAUGACUACUUCUGUCAGUGAAGUUGAACUGUCUGCUGAGACCUUAGCAAGAUCAUCUCUUGAGAUAGAAUUGGCAUCUAAGGACAAGGAAAUAUCCCAAUUGGUGGAAGAUAUCAAGCAGAUGCAGAACUCCCUGAACCUUCUUAGGGAAAGUUCCUCUAACCAGAUUCGAGCCCUUGAAGAAAAUCAGGAAAGUAAUACUCAUAUGAUUGCUACCUUGGAAGCCAAAGUUCAUCAGCAAAGGGAUUAUGAUGAGAUCAAGAGGGAACUGAGUAUCAUGAAAUCUGUUGAAUUUAGUACCAUUUCUAGGGAUGGUGGAGAAGAGAGCAGUCUUGAAACCUCCUCAAAACCUCUAGAAGUGCUCCUGUUAGAGAAGACAAAGGUUUUGCAGAAUGAAAAUACUGCAUUAAAACAAAUGAAUAAUAGUAUGAAUAAGAAGACGGUAGAGUACGAACAGGAGCUCACAACAUUACGUUCUCUUGCAGCUGAACAAAAGGAUUUGAUAUUACACCUUGAAUCUGACCUCUCAUCAGUCCAGACUCUUUCCUCUUUAUACCGUGGUGAAGGCGAAGGUUCUUCAGUGCCAGAGAUAGUAGCUGAGGCAGUUAGGGCUUCUACUAGUAGCACCCCUCCUCUCAGCACCCCUCAGUCUUUAGUCACUGAUACACCAACUCCAAUACCAGGGGGAAUUCCACCAGACUUUUCAUCAGCUGCAGAAUCCAUUUUACCAAUCAUUUCUUCUCAGAGGGAGCGUUUCCGUCAGCGUAAUGAGGAGUUAGAAGCUGAACUGACUGGAAAAAGUCAGCAAGUGGUGCUUCUUCAAAAUGAAUUGGAUAAUCUUCGUGCUGAUAACCUGAAACUCUAUGAAAAGAUUAGAUUUCUCCAGUCUUACCAAGGGAGACAAAGCAGUGAAGAUUCUGCAGCAGAAUCACGAUACAGUAGCCAGUACGAAGAGGCGCUAGAUCCCUUCUCGUCAUUCUCACGUAAAGAGAAGUUACGUCGGUAUUCAGCUCUUAGCCCAUUUGAGAAAGUGACCUUGUCAAUGGGGAGGUUUAUACUGGGCAACAAAACAGCACGGACUGUAACUUUCAUGUACACUGCCUUAGUUCACUGUCUGGUAUUCCUUGUACUCUACAAAUUGGCCCAUACCGAGUCUUGUAAGCGUGACUUUGCUUCUGACUGCGCUCAGAAAUUUGCAGAGCAUAUGAAUCAGGUUCAUGGCCAUAGUAACUUUCAUGAUUUUAACCAGUAGAUCAUAGAGUGAGUGUGUAUCUAUAGCACAAAUGGUACAGAUGGUUGAUAAAUAUAGAAAAGAGCUAUGGUAUUUUCUAAUUUAUAUUUAAUAGUGCAUAAAUGAGUAUAGUUUUAUCUCCUGUGAUGGUUGAAUUUCUAAAGCUUGAGUAAACAUUCCUAUACUCUUAAUAUAUUGGCUGACCAUGUUAUGGAAAACCCAGAUAUAAGAUUAUACAUACUAAGACAAUAUAAUCUGAACAGAUGCUUAUGGUUAAAUUUUUUAUGAUAAACAGUAUGUGUGCCUAGUGUAAUGUGAUAAUUAGAGGUGUGAUAUUAUUUAUUCCCAAAGGUACUGAUUGUAGAGGAAGUACAGAUUACUUUCAGAUUACUGGAAAUCACAACAGGAGUUCUUACUUUUUUUACAUAGUAAUUUGUUAUCAUAGAGUUGUGUUAUAAGCAUUAUAGACUAGCCAAACAGAUUGCACAUGGGGGUAGCUUGACUUAGUUUGUUUCUUUUAGUGGUUCUGAAUGGGAAGGAAUUUGGUGAUGGAUAAAUGUUUGAGUUUUCUGCGUGAUACACAUAUAGCUUGCUUGAAGCUAGACAGUAUGUCUUUGUUAAUAAGGCAUAGAAUUUUGCCUAUGUAAGAAUAUUUAUUGACUUUGUAAGCUACAAACUACACACAAAAGUUUUCAUAUGAAAUGUUCAGAACGGUGUUUUAUGCCUGUUUAAAAGAUCUGAUUGUGCAGCAUGAUAAGUAUGGAAGUUAAAUAAUCAUGAGUUGUGAUCAUCUAGUGAUAAUUUAAAAUUCUGGUUAGAUAUACCUCAAAUAUUGAAAUUACAUUUUGAAAGCAUAAAGAGCAAGACAAAGGUAGUUAUGCAAUUACACUUCUAUACUUUCCAUAUAUAUAUAUACAUAUAUAGAUGCACAUACAUACAUAUACAUAGACAUAUACACAUGUAUACAUAUAUAGA